GGCGAGGGGCGGCGGCAGCAGCAGCGGCGAGCGCGCUCGAGGGAGGGAACGAGCGGGUGGUGCGGGGAGCUGGGGCGAGGGCGGCCCGAGCCGGGGGAAAGGCGGGCGGGGCCGCUCCGUCUCGUCCUCUCAGCGAACAUCGCUUCGGAGAUCCCUUCCCGAGCCGCUUUCCAUCCGGGCGUAAGCCGCCCUGCUUUCUCCCCGACCCCCCUCAGCUCCUCGCUUCCCGGGUCGUUCUCAGCCCGCCGCUGCGGCGGCCUCGUCCCUCCCGCCAUGGCCGUGUGCCGCCGCCUGGCCCGGCUGGCCGCUAACCUGCAGGACCCGCACGGGGUGGCCGCCUUCCAGCGGCUGUGCGGGGUGGAGGGCCCCGCGGGCUGGGCCGGCAGCCGGGGGCCGGUGGCGAACGGCGGGUCGCCCCCGGGCGGGCGGCGGCAUCCCGCGGGGAACGGGGCCGUGCCCGGAGGGGCCGCUCCUCCACAGCUCUGGCGGAGGCCGCGCCGCAACUCCCUGACGGAGGAGGACGGCUGCCAGGAGUUCAACACCCACAGCCGCUUCCUCUACUACCUCUUCAGCCUGGGCACCGAGCUGGGCAACGAGCUCUUCUACAUCCUCUUCUUCCCCUUCUGUAUCUGGAACUUGGACGCCUGGCUGGGCCGCAGGCUGAUCAUCAUCUGGGUGUGGGUGAUGUACCUGGGGCAGUGCACCAAGGAUGUCAUCCGCUGGCCGCGGCCCGCCUCCCCGCCCGUGGUGAAGCUGGAGGUCUUCUACAACUCCGAGUACAGCAUGCCCUCCACCCACGCCAUGUCGGGCACCGCCAUCCCGCUGGCUCUGCUGCUGCUCAGCUACGGCCGCUGGCAGUAUCCCCUUGUGUUUGGACUGAUCCUUGCGUUCUGCUGGUGUUCUUUGGUUUGCUGCAGUAGAAUUUAUAUGGGAAUGCAUUCCAUUUUGGAUGUUAUUGCUGGAUUUCUGUAUGCAAUUCUCAUCCUAAUUGUCUUCCAUCCAGUUGUGGACCUGAUUGAUGACUUCAACUUGACUUACAAGUAUGCACCCCUAAUUAUCAUCAGUCUGCAUUUAGCCCUGGGCAUCUUCUCUUUUACUCUAGACACAUGGAGCACAUCACGAGGAGACACAGCUCAGAUACUGGGCUGUGGUGCUGGAGUUGCCUGUGGUUCUCAUGUUAACUACAUGAUGGGUGUGGAACUAGAUCCCCCUCUUGAUACACUGCCUUUAUCUCUUUCCUCUCUCACCGUGACUGUGUUUGGAAAAGCCAUAUUACGGUUGUUGAUUGGAGUAAUAAUUCUGUUACUAACAAAAAUAGCAAUGAAGAAAGCCACUAUUCCACUGGCAUGUAAAAUAUUUCGCAUACCACAUGAUGACGUACGGAAAGCAAGACAACGCAUGGAAGUUGAGCUCCCCUAUCGCUAUAUUACCUAUGGAAUGGUUGGGUUCUCCCUCAUGUCUAUUGUUCCUUGCGUCUUCCAUUUUAUUGGUCUUUCCUGAUGUAGAUUUAUCACUUAAAGUAGGAAAACAGAGCUAGUUGCUUUUGGAAGAGGUGCACUAGUUUGCUAAGGGAAGGCUGGCGAGCUUGGCUUUUAGCAGGGUCUUCACUUUCACAGCAGUACAUAGCAGACAAAGCAUUUAGAAGAUACUGCACAUCUCUGGUGUGGCGUGGGGCCAGAAGGUGGAUGCCUUGAGAAGUGCUGGAGUCUAUAAAUGCUAUGUCUAAGACUUACUGCUGUCACAGAGUCUGUUUGUGUGUGAUGCAAUGAAUGUAUCUGGAAUGUCUGUCAUACUGUAUCUGUAUAUGUUGAUGCUUUAACAGGUAUGUCUGACAGCUAAUCAGAAAGCUGCAUUCAUGAUUUUUUUUUUUGCCAUUUCAUAGUAACUUAUUCAAGCUGUUGGGCCUUAGAGUACUAAGUUGGCUUUCCUCACUUACCUCCUAAAGUUGGACUUAAGAUGUUUUGGCUAAUAGGCAUUUUUAAUGGACCAAACUUGUAAUGUGAUUGAGUUUUUCUAAAAGAAAGCCCCUCCAAAUAGAAGCUUUUUUUCUUUAGCAUCCCCUGCAGAAUAAGUUGUCUGGAUUGGCACUGGUGGUAGAUAACACUAGAGCAUGUGUGAUUCAGGUACUGUAUCUUACAGUUUAACUGUGCCUUUCUGUUGCUAAAUUAAGAAAUGCCACGUAUACUGUGAUGUAAAAAGACUAAUUGUGUUUCAAAUGGUAUAUAAUUAGGCAGGUAUUUUUAAGUGGUGACUGUCCACGUUGCUGACAUGGUUCAAGUGAACGGGAAUAUUCAUGGCUUAGCCUGUUGAAAUUGCAUACGUAAAAUGACACAAGAAUUGUUCUUGACCUCAAGAGAUUGUAAAUGGGCAAUAACCUAUUUGUAGGUAUUUUUAACAUGUAUUGUAAGCUACUUGAAGAAGAUAUAUUUUUCUGGAGAUGGUUUUUACAAAGGAGAGGUGUUCAAAAUUAUAUGAAAAUAAAAACAAUAAAAAUACUCCGUUCUGUUAAGAAGGGAACCUCACAUAGUAUUCCAAACUGAUUGAGAAGUACUGUGCUUUUUAGAUAUACACUUAGAAAGUAUUCUUAUUCUUGAAAAAAGUAAAUAUUUUAAUUCCCUGACGUACUGUGCUAAAAGGUAAUCAUCACUUUUACCCAACUUAGCUAUAAGGUAAUCAAAGUAAAUUCAUUCAGCAUUCUGGCAGGUAGGUAUGAGCAUGCAGAAGACAGUAUGGUCAUUUCAUGAACGAUUUGUGCAUAUCUGGAUCUUACUGUUACACACUUCUGAGCUUUUCAUGAUGCAUUUUGCAGUGAUGAGCAGGAUGUGACCCUUUAAUUGUGAUGUCAUUUGCUGCUUUUUUGAGUACGGUUUUGACUGUUACUGUGUUACCCAAUUUGUUGUUUCCAUGUUAGGGACUGGUGUGUUGAGCUGUCUUACUGUUUGAUCAGACGUGAGUUACUUUUGCUUUGUAUCAUUGUUUCUUUCAGGAAAACCACAGUUUGGUUAGGAAGUCAUCUAGCUAGAAUACAAAGCUCAUGUUUUCUUACAAAAUAUUUGCCAUCAGGAGGUUCUUUUUACUGGACGUAUGAGCUCAGACCUGUUAAUAUGUAAAUGAGAAACUACACUUUGUAUGUCUUUCCUCAAAGCAGUCCAGGAUUCCGUACACUGGCAAUAGAUGGCAUGAAAUGGGAUUUUUUUCUGAUUCACGUUCAGAAUGCACAGCUAUGAAUGUAUUCAAAAGAAUUGAUGGUGUGUUGAACUGCUUUUACAGCUGAGGAGAUCUUACCUUGUGGAAGAUGGUUAGCUUAUUUCAGUGCACAUUUCUAUUUUUUGUUUCUGUCUUCUCCUUUAUUGCAGCUGUAUGCUGAAUGUAUACAUUCAGAUAAAUUUGUUCCCAAGGUUUUGAGGGUUUUGAUUUCCUCUGGUUUGGCUUUGAGCACUAAAGCAGUCAUUGAAUAAACAUUUGGGAGGAAUGUACACAAAAUGCCUUAUGUUUAAAAGCCCUCAACAAGUGUUUGUAGUUCCAAAUACUUUAAAGGAGUCUGAAGUCUGAUGACAAUAAUGGGAUGACUUUUCCUAAAAUUGAGGUCGUAUUUUCAUUAAAUGUCUUAACUUUGCAUUUUAUAGUAAAGCGUAUUUAAACUGUAGCAUAGAAAGAAUGUGUGAACACAAACUAAUUUUUUAAGGUACAUAUUUGACUUUUAGGAACUUGAAGUUUACAAAAUAAGAAUGUUCUUACAAUGUCUUCUGUAGCUGUGCUUGCUCUGUUGUACUGUUAAUGGAACCUGUCGUGGAAGAUCUAGAAUGAGUGGGGGGGAAAUGCAGGUAGGACUUUCACUGGGCUAAGGAAAAUUGCACUGUAGCUUAUUCUACUGUUACUCAAAAUAUAUAUUUUAUAUUUUUGUACAUACUUCAGAGUGUCACGUUCCAUGUAGCACGUUGUUUAGUCCGUAGGAAACGUGUAUUGGAAUGUUGCUUUGUACAGCACCUUUACUACCCUGUCGCUAAGACUGCAGCUGCUUUUCUGAGGUUUACAUGAAUAAACUUUUACUCCUCUAUUUUCAUGUUUAGCACAAAACAUGUGGUAUGAAUUAGUAUUAUAAAGCAGAAGAAAGGAAAAAAGCCAACUGAAAUAUUUUCAUUUUAAUUUAUUUUUGGUUAACAAUGAAUUAAGAUUCCUCCAGUUAUUCAUAAUAAAACAGGUAGAACUAGAGCACUUUCUUUUCCCUAAAGCAUUGCUGGAGUUGGAUGUGAAAAAAAUGGUUGUAAUGUGAGCAGCAGCUGGUACCAAAUUAUUUAUAAAUGCAUUUAAAGUAGAUUUAAAAAGGUAGUGAAGUGUCUCUUCAGAAGGACAAUAUGCUUCAUACAUCUCAUGGAGUGGAGCAAAAACGUUACUCACAUGUCACUUCCAGUUCACUUUAAUUCUCAUUUAUGAAAUCUCGAGGAAAGAAAACUGCAUUAUUGAAGCAGAUAUGGAUGCACACUUUUUACAGAAAGAUAUGAGCUAAAUUGGGAUUAUUUGAUUGCCAUGUGAGAUGCAAAGCUGAAGCUAACAGUAGUGUAGAGUGUAAUUUGGAACUCAGUUCUUUUUUUCCGUGAGACAAAGGAGAUGGGAAUCUGUCCCAGUCUGCUUUAUGCAUAAGAAACCUUUUUUCCUGAGCUGACCCUCAAAUGGGACUGACCCACAGUGCAACACAUAUGCAGGUUAUAGAACCUUUCCUUAUGAAAAAUGUUUCUUGUUUACCAUAAGGCUCUUAUUUUUGCUUCCCGUUCUGUGAACCACAGCUGAAGCAUCUUUAUUGUAUGGAAUCACCCACAGGGCUCUUCAGCAUCUGGUCACAUUGCCUUACUACUUACCUUGCAAAUUUAAAUAAAAAUGAGAAAUAAAGGUAAAUUGGCAAACCAAAGGGAGUUGUAUGUUGUUCGCUUAGAAACUUCUUUCUUAAGCUUAGGUACAGCUUUUCUUCUGGAGGGAAAAUUAAAAACAAAGCAACCAACCUGAUACCAAGAAGAUGUACUUCUUUAUGAAUGGCAUCUUUGAAUGUGAUGUGUGGUUUUGUUUGCUUCUUACCAGAACAGUGUUAAAUAGUCCAGAUUUUAAAAGCUGACGUUUUCCUCUGCUACUAGAUUUUAUUAUUGCUUUCGUUGGUGUUUUUUACACAUUUCUUGUUUGUUUCCCAAGGAGUGUCCUGAACUUCUUGUAUUUCUCCUUAUGUGAGGAUUGUUUUGAACUUGUAAAUACUUAAGGGCUGUCAGUGGCUGUUUUAGCUGCUCAAAUACAUGAAACAGGCCUUGCAUGCUGUUUGUAAAUACAUCUGUUGUGUUAAAAGUUGUCUCUAUUUCAGUAUUUGCUUUCUCAAUACAAAAGGGAGAUUCACAUGCAAUAUAAGAUGUUUAACAAUUCAGUUGUAUGAGGGGCCAUUGCUGCCUUGCUCCUAUUAAUGUUGUUGGGAUUUCUGCACCCGGUUCCAUAUGUAUUUCAUUGAGAAUGAACACUGAAUGCAUCCAAUAAUUAGUGUGUGUUAGGUGACUUACCUUCUAAGGUGUACAUGUCAUAUCCUUGCUCUUGAGAUCUGGGAGACUGUUCUUAAGAUCUCUUAGCCCAGUUUUUACAAGACUUUUAAAGGGCUUACCUUGAAAGUUUGUUUCAUAGUAGCUGGAACUGGUUGUACAUUGGCAGCAGUUAAUUAAUAUUUUUUCCUCUGUACCAUAGUAGUGCUGAGUGAUGAGGUCCAGAAUGCUGUCAGUAGCUGAGAUAAUGGCAGGAGAACUGGUUACUGAGUCUUGGUUACUGAGACUCAACUUUCCAUAAUUACCUUUGUUUUAAGAUGUAGAGUAUUUCUAGGUCAUACAAUUUACUGCUAUAUUCCACAAAUGACCUCGAGGAGCCUUUGACUUGUUUGUGGCAGGAAGCUGCAUUGAAUAAUUUAAUGCCACAUCUUUGACAGAGUCACAGAGUUGUAGGAAUUGGAUGGGACCUCUGGAGAUCAUGUAGUCCAGCCCUUCCUAAUGCAGGUUCCUGACAGUGGGCCGCACAGGAGAGCGUUCAGGUGGGUUCUAAGUAUGUCCAAAGAAGGAGAUGCCAGCACCUCUCUGGGCAGCCAGGUCCUGUGCUCUGUUACCUUUAAAAUAAAGACAUUUUUCCCCCCCUACUCUGGUAGAAAGCUUAAGUGUGUUUUGUUCCAGCCAAUAUACGAACGUAUUUAAAACAUACUGUAAAUACCAUAUGCAUCGGAUUGAUAGAUAACUGGGUCACUAUUGUUGUUCCUCCUAUGUUGCUUUGUGAAACAAGGGCGAACAAAACUUAAUUUGGAAACAAAAUGAGGUAUCAUGGCAGCGAGGGUAUUACUCUUUAAGUAUUGUCUAAAAUGCUCAUAUCAGAUGCUGAGUUUUAAGCUAGUUAAUUAUGCAUUAGAAAAUGGUUUUUGCACUUAGUUCUGCACCUGAAAUAAUUUGCAUAUUGCUAAGAGUCCAUUUAACAAAAUGAAGCAAAGUAGUAAGUGCGUGCUUGCAGGAUAUAAUUAAGAUCAAAGAGUGCAAAGGGUGCAAAGGAGAAUGCUACCUUGAAAAUAUUAAUGUAAAUUUAAGUUAGAAGCCCUUGCAAUUCAGACUAAACUAUGUGACUGAGUUAGUCGCUGAGGUUGGGGUUUUUUUUUUGAGAACUUUAUUUUGUUAGAAAGUCUAGUGGAAGUCAAGGCUGCUACUCCUGAAAUGGAAAUGAGGAUUUACAACAGGGGUGUUUAUAAAACCAGCACUGAAAAAGAUAAUUCGGUAGCUAAUAGUUUGUAAAGUAAGAGCAGAGGCUGAAGGGGAUUUUAUAAUAAACUAAAUGCACUUAAAAUUGGGCCAAAAUUUGGCCUAUACUUGAUUUAUAUGACAUCUGUAAUACUAUAUAUAUAUAAAUAUAUAUUAAAAAUAUUGUGCAUAUUGGAGUUUAGCUUUUAAAAUUCUAUGCAUAUAUUUUUGUUACUGUAUUCCCCAAUAAAAGCGAGUAUCCAAAAAAUAGAACACAGAUUUCUCCACGUUAGGCAAGGGUAUAUGUUGACAGUACUUUGAGAACUGAUGUGGCUGUACCCCCCACUCUCCCCACCUUUUGGAGAGCUUUUAUUUUAAACAGAACAAAAAGUGCUUUCAAGUGCAAGCCCUGAUUUAGGUUGAGGAUCGUGUAACGGUUGAUGUAUAGAACUGCUGUUUAGAAGUUAAUGUCAGAACCUUUGGUUAUUGUUAAUGAUAUUUUUGUACUUGUACACUUUCUGCAGUUGUCGACUAAUAUUUAAAUUCAUAUUUACUGGUAACUGAAGUGUCUAACUUCAUCUGCCAAGAGUGUGUAAUAAACUACUGUUGGAUUCA